CCCGUGAGGAUCCAAUGAUGCCAGUUGAGGUAAAUGGCACAACUGUUGACAUUUUGGUUGACAGUGGUGCCACACUAUCAGCAGUAAGAACAAAGGAGCAAGUGUGUAAAGCAACAAACUCUUUCAUUACCACUGUAGGCGUUUCCGGCGUUCCAAUGGCAGAGCCUAUGUCAGAGAGAACUAACAUUUCAGUUGAAGGAUCACAUGUGCAACACACUUUCAUUAUUUCAGAUGGCAGCCCAAUUAACCUAAUGGGCAGAGACCUACUGUGUAAGCUACAAGCAACCAUACAUUGCACACCAGACGGAUUGUAUUUGACAAUUCCAAACAACAGGGUAUAUCAGGCUGUUCAAUUCAUACACUCAUCCCAAAACAAUCUUUAUUGUUGGUCAUUUCCAGAUUUCCAAAUGAUUUCCAUUUUUUCCACAAAGGGGAUUCAAAACAUUGCUAGCAUUUCCCCAGUAUGUGCCUCUAUGAUGUCAUCUAUGAGGCCAGUGUUACAUUGUCACUGCACAGCUGCAUUUAACCCCUCAAAUGAGUAUGCACUAUCAGCUAGGAGUUUUUGCAACAGCUCAGAUCAGUUGGAAUGCGAGCAGUUUCUAUUUUUAGGACCUCAGGGGUGUGCGUUGCCUGUUAGGCUCACACCCCCACAGCAGGGCCUUCAUGUUGUUGAAACUGUCCCUCACGUCACCGUAGCUGUCACUCCAGGCAGUAGUCCUGAGGAGGUGGGGGCUAUGGCAGCCCACUGCCAUGCUCGGUUGGAAGCUGUAACAGCUUCUUUCCCUCACACACACACACCCAAUCUGAUCAACCUUGGGGAGGAACAUUACAUGCUGCGUCUCCCUGAGCCCAUUUCUCUUCCCCAGAGCACAUUUCUUCAUUUACAACCACCUCCUCCAACAAAGUAUGGCCCUCCUUCAGACUUUUCCGAGGUUCCAGCCACAUUAUGGGCCAAGCACAAGAAUCAUGUGGGGUUUGUAAGUUCUGCUCCCCCUCACAGAGUGACACUUAAGGCCAAUGCCAGAUUGCCAGCGAUCAGACAGUACAAUUUACCCCAGAAAGCCAUUUUGGGCAUUGAGGGGGUAAUACAGUCAUUGCUCAAUCAAGGGGUCUUGGUUUACACCUCAAGCCCCUGCAAUACACCCAUUUUGCCAAUCCCGAAGCACAAUCGCCCUGAUGAGUGGCGCUUUGUCCAAGAUUUGCAAGCUAUUAAUGCCAUUGUCAUUCCAACAGCACCCAUUGUGCCUGACACCAAUUCGAUCCUUGCUUCUUUGCCUCCAGACUCGACACAUUACACAGUCAUUGAUCUUUGUUCAGCAUUUUUCUCUAUUCCCUUGCAUCCAGAAAGCCAGUAUCUGUUUGCAUGUACAUUCAGAGGUAAACAAAUCACAUACACGCGCCUCCCACAGGGCUUUGUCGAAUCACCUACUGUGUACGCUGCAGCUGUUAAAAGAGACCUGGACCCCUUGGUCCUUACAGGGGGUAGCACCCUCCUUCAGUAUGCUGAUGACCUCUUGAUUGCAUCCCCUAACAAAGACGCCUGUCGCAUUGACUCCAUUCUGCUCAUGAAAAGACUUUCUGAAUGCGGACACAGAGCAUCCCUGGCCAAGUUACAAUACUGCCAGACAGAGGUCACGUAUUUGGGUCACAUUCUGAGAGAUGGACACCGCCUCCUCUCACCUGCGAGAGUCUGCCUUUUGAACAAAGUGCCACCACCACACACAAAGAAGGAAAUGCUUUCCUUCUUGGGCAUGGCAAACUACUGCAGACAUUGGAUAUACGAGUACGCUGCUAUGGACUCCGUCCUGCGUGCUGCCACUCUGCAGGCCGCCCCCAACAUUGUUCAAUGGUCUGAGGACAUGCACACAGCCUUUCAGGAUUUAAAGCAGGCCCUCACAUCGGCUCCAGCCCUGGGUCUCCCUGAUUACCAUCAACCAUUUCAUCUUCACGUCCAUGAAAAGGGGGGCUUUGCAACAGGCAUUUUGGUACAAAAGCAUGGCUCUAACUUCCGGCCUGUGGCGUACUAUUCGUCUCGACUUUCCCCUGUGGUACUUGGUAUGCCUUCAUGCCUGCGAGCUGUGGCCGCAGUUGCAAUAGUUAUCAAACAAUCCUCUCCCAUUGUACUGGCCAGUGACUGUGUGGUUCAUGUCCCACAUGCAGUUUUGCACAUUCUGAACACCUCUGCUACUCAGCAUAUGACAGCAGCAAGGCGUUCUGGUUAUGAGGCGGUCAUUCUAUCAAGCCCGCACAUCACUAUUAAGCGCUCCCCUCCUCUGAAUCCAGCCACACUGGUCCCAAUACCAGACUUUGACCUAACACAUGACUGUAUCACAACCAUUGAUCUGUCUUCUUCCCCCAGAACUGAUAUGUUGCAAACACCAAUACCAAAUUCAGAUAUGAUUCUGUACGCAGACGGGUCUGCCUGUAGACCGUCUGACACAUUACAUUUAGCUGGCUAUGCUGUUGUGAACGACUGGGAAGUCUUAGAAAGCCGAGCGUUGCCCAAUGGCACGUCGGCUCAGGCGGCAGAGUUAUAUGCUCUACUCAGAGCAUGCAUUCUGGCUAAAGAUAAAGUUGCGACCAUUUUCACAGACUCCAGGUGGAAAGGUCCUUUCCAGGUGUUAAUAGUGACCAGAACAGCCUUAAAAGUCCAAGGUAGGACAGAGUGGAUCCACGCUUCACGAUGCCGUCUGUCUCCUCCACCGCAAAGGCUUGUGGGCGUGGAACGUCUAUCCAGAGACGGGGUACCAGCGGUUCCAGGUCUCACAGCGGAUGUUGUGGUGCAUGAGUGGAAGAAUGUGUCCAUCUGCUUCCAGAACGGAGGAGGGUUUUCACCCUCUGACGAUGUGGGCCACAGCGACUUCACUGUAGUUAAACUAGUCCUGCGAAAGAUUACCAAAGUCGCCCUCCAGGCCCCACAGAGACUAGUGGGGUACACCACCGUUGAUGACACCGUGAUGAUGUACGACGCCGAGCUUCCAGACCCAUUUUGA